CUCUCUGUAUUUGUGACUUGUAUCUCUCACGUGGGAUUCCACAAUCCAGCUGGAGGGACUCUAAUAGACACGCACAACAGAAAAGCCUACAGCCUCGCUGACAUAACCUCUACAUACAAAGUUCACAAUGCCAGGCUUUGCUCUCUCCCUCUGUGUCCUGAUUCUACCUGCUGUGGUGUGGGUUACCUGUACUGGCAUGGUGUCUGACCCAUACCGAAUCACUCGCUCCGAACUGGAUCUUGAGAAUGAAGACCACAGGUCCCACCGUGAUCCCACCGAGUCUGACUACAGAACACAGAACCAGAGAGCCAGGUCUCGGGACGGAGAGAGGGGAUCGCAGUGUUUGCGCUGCUGUGACCCAGGAGAGGAGCCCCCUCCUCUGCACCCCAUCCCCGCGUUCCAGUUUGUACCUCAGAUUAAUAUCACCAUCCUCAAAGGUGAGAAAGGUCACAGAGGAGAACGGGGAACCCACGGAAAAUCAGGGAAAUCCGGCAGUUCUGGACCCAGGGGCCCUCAAGGGAUGAAAGGGCACAAGGGUGCUAUUGGCUCUCCGGGGGACCCCUGCAAGACCUACUACUCUGCCUUCUCAGUGGGGAGAAAGAAGGCCCUGCACAGCAACGACUACUACCAGCCGCUCAUCUACGACACAGAGUUUGUCAACCUCUACAAGCACUUCAACAUGUUCUCCGGCAAGUUCUACUGCUACAUCCCUGGGGUCUACUACUUCAGCCUAAACGUGCACACCUGGAACCAGAAGGAGACCUACCUGCACCUGAUGAAGAACGAGCAGGAGCUGGUGGUCCUAUACGCCCAGCCCAGCGACCGCAGCAUCAUGCAGAGCCAGAGUCUGAUGCUGGAGCUUGAGCAGAACGAUGAGGUCUGGGUGCGUCUCUUCAAGGGCGAGCGCGAGAAUGCCAUCUUCAGCGAUGACUUUGACACCUACAUUACUUUCAACGGCUACCUGAUCAAACCCAAUAGCGAUGGCUAGCAAGGACAGGGGCUGCAGGACUGUCUCGGUUGGCUUUUCUACAGUGAAACAAUUUGAAUAGGAAAUAGAUAGUAGCGUUAUUGUCAUUGUCUUGUCACGUCAUGUCUAGCAUUCAGAACAAACCUGUAUUUUCAUGUAACACAUAGUAUUAUAUAAUAUUUAUUUCUCAAGGUUUGUUGUACUAUUCUCCAUCA